UGAUCACCAGAUUUGGAUUGCAGUGUACUGUGUUGGAGGCCACGUAAUGGGUAAUUGCAUGCAACCCAAGGUACGACGAGAAACAUGCAAGAAAUUCAUAAAAGUCAUGGCAAUGGAUGGUAAAAUGCUAGAAUACAGGUCUCCUGUUGUGGGGGGAGAUCUGGUGAGAGAGAGUGAUUUUGAGGAGGAUUGUAUGGUUGUACACUCGAGGAAUGAUGGUCAUGCUCUUCCCCAAGAAAAUACACUCAAGGGUGGGGAACUUUAUUAUCUUGUUCCCUCACUCAUGGAAGCUCAUCACAGAGCUUUUUCAGCACAGAAAAAUGGUAUUUGCAGAGGCAAGAAAAGAGCAGGGGAUGUGGAGAAGAGUUUUACACUCAAGAUUGUAGUCUCAAGACAACAGCUGAAGAGUUUGCUUUUGGAUAGCUGUGUGAAGGAAAUCUUAGUGGAACAGCAUGCUAGGAAACUUACUCAACAACAAGAUUGUGUUUCAGGAAAAGCAUGGAGGCCAUGCUUGGACACAAUUGCAGAGGAAUAUUGA